AUGCCUGUGGCAGCCUCAAACUUGCGGAGAGUCUCAGCAAAUAUAGUCAAACACUCAAAAGCUGCCAAAACAACCUCGAAAAUCCCCAUACCCCUCCCACCGCAGCACCAGCUCCGCCAAUAUUCGAAUCCUCCAAAAACAUACUUCCAGCCCGGAGAUCCCCUCAAUCCAGAAUCGCAUACAUCCAAUUUACCUUCUCUACCAACGAGCCCACCGAAGACAUACUUCCAACCUCUCGAUCCCCAAAAUGUACAGUCCAUAGGUCCUGAUGCCCAGAUAUACAAUCUACCAGUACCACCCGAGCCAAAGAAGAAGAGGUCUCUACAAACACCAAUUCUCGCACUUUCCUUCCUCAUUACUGGCUAUAUUCUUGGCAGUCUAGUGAAUAUUGCAAUAACAGGAGAAAUGCCAGAACCGGGCUCGGAUUUGGAUCGAAAGGCACUUGCAUUGAACCAUGCAUCCUUGAACAAACUUCCCAUUUUCCAAGCUUUGUCCCACAACCCGGACUGGGUACCGUGCGAUAUCAAAAAGCAAAAUUACAUACAAAACACACUAGGUGGGGCUAGGGGGGUAGAAUUACGGAGAACAUUCCAUAAUAAAACUACCGGCGAGGUGGUGUCAAUCAUUCGAUUUGGGAGAGCGACUGCCGGAUGGCCAACAGUUGGGCAUGGUGGUGUGACAGCGACUAUGAUUAGUGAGGUAGCAAUUAUUUGUGCGGAGUUUCAUACACCCGGUGCGACUUUUCGUCCAGUUUCUCAAAGUGUGGAGUACAAAAGUCCUGUUUCUACCCUCGGCUGGUAUGUCAUACGAGCAAGACAAGUACCAUCACUGAAAAGUGCUGACCACGGCUUUGGUGUUUCGUGUACAUUGGAGUUUGUAGAUGGCCCCGUUGAUAAGCGGCCGUCUAUGAUCUCUUCAGUACGGUUUGUCAAAAGAUAG